AUGAGUCGGAGCUUAGGGAUACCGGUGAAGCUGCUACACGAGGCCGCUAGUCACAUUGUGGCGGUAGAACUCAAAAGCGGAGAAUUGUACAGAGGAAGCUUAGUCAAAUGCGAAGACAACUGGAACUGUCAAGUCGAAAACGUUACUUUCACUGCUAAGAUCAAAUGCAUUCAAACUUUCUCCCAAACUCCAAGAACUUUCAAACCUGAACACCACCUUCCACCUACUGCAGCCACUAUUGUCGGAAACCUUACCACCACCACCGUCGCAUCCUUACCGGCGUCAUGA